UUUUUCUAGCUAUGAAGAAGAAGAGGAGAGAUAGAGUGGAGUGGAGACGAUUCGUAAUCGUACGAGUGUUAGAAGACGAGCCCUUAGAGAGGCUACAUCACAUGUCGCCAUGUUGAUGUUGGAGAUAGAUUGAGGGGAGGGGAUCAUCAUCUCAUUGGUGGGGUGGAUUCGUUUUUUUCCCGGCAACGGUGUUGUGUAUCACUCUAGGAUUUAGGGGUGGAUUCAUUCUCAGCGAGGCUUCAAUUAUCAAUUUUACAGGUUGGUGUGCCGGUUUAUGCAGCAAGGCCUAAAAAAAAAAAAGAAGCUCAAAAAAGGAGUUUGUGUAGAUGUUGUUAUCAUGAAUACUGCAGAAAGGCUUGAGAUAAAGGCAUGAUGGACGAACUAAAAGACUUAAGGAAAUUUCUGAAUCCAACACAAGUGUUACUAGUUGUUGAUGCCAAUGACUACCUGGACAAGAAGCUGAUGCUGCUCUGGUGACAAACCUUCAAUGUAGAGAUAGGAAUCACAGAAGCCAUUCUGACUAAGCUAAAUGGUGCUGCAAGAGGUGGUGACUGCUGCUUUGAGUGUCAAGGAGGCGAUUUAAAUGGUAUGACGUGGAGAGCGGAUGGAAGCAAUGAUUGAAGUGAUGACACCAGGUGUGGCUCUGAUGGUUGUGUUUCAUAGAUUCCACAUGAUGAGAUGGGUGGAGGAGAGCUACACUCAAGGUUUAUGGUUGAUGCUUUUAUGGAUGAGGGUGAUGUCUCAAGGAGACAAGGGCACGCUUGGAUUCUUCUCUGCGCUAAGGUGUGUGGAGAAGGAUCCUACAAUGGCUCAAUGAUGGCUUUGACUGAUCAUUGUCACUGCAUACUCUUCUCCUGGGUGUGGCUUCUCAUAGCUAUGUAUCAGGUCGUACAUGAUGAGCAGCUAGUGAAAUUGUGAUUGCUGGAGGAGAGGUGUCUGAUCUACACUUUGCUAAAUUAGGUUUCUGAUCUACACUUUGCUAAAUUGGUCUUUUGGAAGCGAAUCUAUAAUGAUCCGAUCAUCGCCCCCCCCCUGGCUUCUUAUUCUCACUCCUCCUCCUACGGUUAUGGUUGAUGCUUUUAUCGAUGAGGGUGAUGUCUCAAGGAGACAAUUGAGGACAGGCUUCGCUUCUUCUCUGUGCUAUCGUCUUCAAGGGUUUUGGUGUGUGGAGAAGGAUCCGACAAUGGAUUAAUGAUGGCUUUUACUGAUCAUUGUCACUCGAAGAAGAGCUGAGAUGUUUCUUGGCGGUUUUGCUAACAGGUGAUGCGUUUUGGUUUUAGUUGUUGUUUCACUUUAUCAUUACCUACUUAUCAUUUUGUUAAGUUCUGGCUCCACACUCAUCAUGCAUUUCUUUGACAACCAGCUCAAGUCUCUCUUCUUCUGCUCUAAACAGGUUUGUCUACUUUUCAUGCUUUUUGAGCCUUUGGCUUUACUCAUUAUUGUUUAGCAUGAGAUGAAUAAUUCAGUUGCUUGUUUCAGUUACAAGUUAGUGAGAAUUCUUAGAUUAAAGUAGUAUUAAUUGAUAGAUACCAUUAGGGAAGGAUGGUCUUACAACGUUUCGCUAAACCUCAAAAGCUGAAACCUCUUAUGCCAUUUAAAACCCAAAUUCGAAGCCUUUUUUUUUUUUGUUUUCUUACCCUCCCAAACCAUGAAGGUGCAGUUAAAUCGAAUGGGUUAUGUAAUUUUACUCAAAACGGAGAACGCCCACAAGGUGCUCGACACAAUUCCUCAAUACCCAAAAUGGCUCUCCGUUGUUUUUUUUUUGCAAAGACCCUGUCACGUGUGGGUUGUACGUGACAUCUUCUACUCGUUGAUUUUUUUCCUUUCCCGCUUGUCCUCUGUUUUCUCUCGCCAAGAACAAAACCUCUCUCAGACUCAGUACCAAGAAAACGCAAGAUCAGAUCAUAGAGAGUCACUUACUUGCUAUUAUUCUCUUCUCCAACAUGGAGCCUCCUGUUCUAGGAGAUGUAAACUGCGAACAAAUCUUCAAACGCGCCAAAGAUUCCUACUUUGCGAAAGAUUACGUCAAGGCGUUGGAGGUAAUAGAAGAUCUGUCUUUAGUCCAAGGGGAAGAAGACAGGGAGCAUAUUAAUGCGCUACAAGCUCAGAUCUUUAUGGACCUAGGGCAAAAAACAGAGAACACUGAUGUGAAUGCUGCAUACUACUUGGGUUGUGCAGAAUGCGUUUCGAUAUCUCCUGGGUCGUCAUCGUUGGCGGCAAUUUCACUCUUCUGUCUGGCAGAACAACUUGGGUCAUCCGUGUACUACAAGAAAUCCGUGCGCAAAGCAAAAGAAACUUUGUACAAUCUUACAGUGAAUUUGAAUUUGCAGGAGGACCCAGAAUUUGCCAAGAGAGAAGAGAAAGCAAUGAUGUCUGUGAUCCAAAAUGCAGAGUCAAGAAUUGCUGAAUCCAAGACCAAGACACGAGUAGCAAGGAAAGAAGAAAAAGGUAGGGAUACAAGGAAGAGCGAGCCUGAUUUCAUCAAAAGAUUGAUCUUGUAUUGGGCAGGUUUGAAUGUUGAGACCAAACGGAACUUUAUGAAAGUAAGCACUGUGGAACUUAUGAGUAACGUUGAGGGAUUAUAUGGUAGUGAAGGACGAGAUGCGUUGGAGCAACUUCUUACUUUUGCAAGGGAUGAGAGAAAAUGGAGAUUCUGGAUGUGUCGUUCUUGUUCGACCAAGUUCUCUAGUGCUGAAGAAUGUAAGAAUCAUCUUGAACAAGAGCAUCGUGCAAAAUUUACACCUGAUUUGACAAAGUGUAUGCCCCAAAGGAUAAGUAAAGCCUGGGCUCGUAAGAUAUCUGUUGGAGGUUGGGAACCAGUGGAUACAGCAGCUGCCAUCGAACUGAUCAAGAAUCGUUUGGAAGAUGUGAAAGCAUUUGCCUAUGAGAAUGGAUGGUCCAAAGGCUGGCCUUUAGCUGCAGAUGAAGAGCGCAGUAAGUUACUCAAGGAAAUUCAAAUACUCCUUGUGUCGUUUUGGGACUGUAAGAUUCUCUCUUGUAGCAUUCGAGACUUGGUGAUGCAAUUUACGGUUAAGCAUCUUGAAAAGCUUCAAGUUUCCAAGCAUACUCUUACUGAUUGUCACCUAGUGGAGACACCUCAGAUUAUCUGUUUUUGUGAAUCUGGCGAACUCAAUGAAAUCCUGCAAUUUCUUAAAAACAUCAAGUGUGAAAGGGAUGAUGGUACAGAUGUGGUUUGCAGAGUAGUCGACAAUUUCUGGGAUGGUACUCGAGUUAAAGAAAAGCUCGACUUUGACCCUCAGGUUUCAGUUCUGCUCCUGGAUAAGAGACUGCUGCAAUGCAAGAUUGCUCGAUUCGAUGAUGAAGGGACAAUCAAUGUCUUUGAUCCCAGUGUUCACUAUGCCAAUGCACAUGCUCAGGGAGGUUAUAUCUUAUCCUGGUUAGUCGACAACUCUGUACAAGAUGAGAGUUUUCGAUUUCCCAUGCCUAUCAGGAUGCACAAUCUUGAUAUUUGGGUGGCUGUUCUGAAAGCCGUUCAGUUCACAUGUAGGACUUUGGAAAUUACAUAUGUAAAGAAGUGUCAGCUCCUAGAUUAUGAUGCAGCUCUUACCACCGCCGAAAAUUUGUGUAUUGGCGAAGAUGUAAAGAGGAGGAAUUUACAGAAAGAUCAAUGGAACAGUUAUGCAUCUCUUCUAUGUGAUACAUGUGAAGAGCAUUUAAGGAGAGACGCUGGAAAAUCCCUAAAUACAAUGAUAUUCUUGUGUGCAGUACAAGAUGUUUUCAAAGGAGCAACAUUUCCAACAUUUGAUUUUCGCAUUUGCAUGAAUGUUAUUCGUGAGCAUAAAGAUCUUAGUGAUGACAUUGUGAUGAAGUCCAUAAACCUUCUGAAAUUAGUGGUCACCAACAAGGUUGCUCUAAAAGAUUCAAAAUUUUUACUGGUUGAAAGUUCAAGGAUUAAUUUGCUGAAUAGCCUCACCAGACUUUCUGUUUUUGACUAUCGCUAUUACAUUCUUCGACCAAUAAAAGAACUCAUCCUGGAUGGUAUUAUACAUAUGGAACACAAAGAAAAUUUAGCUGCGGCAGAAGCAGAUCUUAAAUCCGAGGAAAAACAAGAGGAGAAGAUGAAAUUACCAUCGAAGAAGAAGAAAAAUAAAAACAACAAGAGAACUUCAACGAGCAUGCCUAGUCACCUUGAUAAGAGUGUUGAACAUGAAAAUUCUGUCAACCUUGAACUGGGAAAUACACCUCCAUCAGUAAAAACGGCCGAAGAAGUUCUUAUGGAACCAGAUGAUACUUUUUCAAGUGAAAGGGGUCUAUCGGAAAUGACAUCCAAUAUUAACAAUCAAGAGGAAGCUACCAAAGGUAACCUGGUUGUAAAAGAGCUUCUCAAUUAUAUGCAAAUCAUGCCUGGAGAAGAUUCAUCGUCAGAACACCUGGGCUCAGUACAUGAAGAAGCUACAACAAGAUAUAAUUCAGUUCUUGACAUGGUUCUUAAGGCCCUCUGUAACAUUAAGGUUCUUAAAGAGGAUCUGGUGCCCAAUCGGCAACCAUUUUCUGACAACUUGGAAGAACAAGUUCCUCGUGCAUUACGAGAUUUCUUUGCUGCUUUUGUCUCGGGGGAGAUAGAAUACGAAGGACUCUACAAUUACCUUCAAAGCGACUUACUUGCUUCCUUAGAAGAAGUUCAUUCCACGCUAAAUGAUGCUGCGGAGGUAGUCGUAGCCAUCCUUGAGUUUUGGCAAUGCUGGAAAAGUCCACAAAGAGAAAGCUUGGUAACUCGUCUUUUUACAAUUGAAGAAUAUGAAAGAAUGAAAUGUAGCAAAUGCAGAAAGAUGCCAAAUUAUCCAGAGCAAAGGUCUUAUGGCGUUGUUAUGGCUGCAGAUUCAAUCAGAGACCUGAAGUGUGCUUUUGGCAAUAUAAAGUUUGAAGACAUCAUUAAAGUGAUCCGUAUGGAAGAUAAAAUGUUAUGUGACAUUAAAACAAGAGGGUGUGGAAAGGCAAACUUUGUUCGUCAUACUAUAAGUAGAUCCCCGCCUAUCUUCACAAUUGUGUUGGAAUGGGAGAAGAAUGAAACUGAAAAAGAGAUAUCUGAAACGCUAGAGGCUUUAGACUGGGAGAUAGAUAUCAGCAGGCUAUACGAAGGCGUAGAACCAAACACAGUUUACCGGCUUGUGUCAGUGAUUGGUUGUGGUGAAGAAGGAGAAUACAUUUGCGUGGCUUAUAAAAAGAACCGAUGGGUCAGUCUCAGACAUGAAACUCUAGCAGAAGAGGUUGUCGGUAAAUGGAAGAGUGUGGUUAAAUUCUGUGGAAAAUGGGGGGUUCGGCCAGAGGUUCUGUUUUAUGAAGUUAUCUGAUUGAUGGCCUAAUAAGUGACAUAAUUGUAUCAAUAUAGGAACCCAACAUUGAUGUAUAAAACAGUGGCAAGUCAGAAGUUGUGUUCAUCAUUUGAAUAGAUCAGUUGAAUUUUCUUCUUUUUCGGCCGGAUUCUUAUUAAACCGAAAAAGAAGUAAAUGUUUAUAUCUA